AUGCCAACCGAGAGACUUCCAAAAAAAGUGCUAUUUGCCACAAAUGUGUUUUAUUUGGCCACAGAAAUUUUUUUAUUGUGCGCACAAAAAGGCCACAGUUUACCACAAAAAGUAGUAUUUUUUUCAUGUAUUGUCACAAAAAAUUAUAUAUUUGGCUAGGAACGUGCCAUGGAAAUGUUACAUUUUUCCAUAAUACAAAACAUUUGAUGACAAAAAGGCUAUAUUAGGCUAUGAAAAUGUUAUGUUUUGCAUUGUUGGGGAAAAGCCUAUAUUAGACCCCAAAAUAUUUUGCCAUUAAAAUGAUAGCAUGGUACUCACACAAAAUAGAUUUCCACCAGAAUGCAACAUGCUGCCAUAUUUCUGCACAAAAAAAUGCAAUAUUCACCACAAAAAGUAGCAUUUUGCUACAAAAACGUGGCACACAGUUACCAAAAAAACAAACAAAAAAAAAACUAUUUGGCCAGUCUCCCCGCAGAAAUGUAACAUUUGACCACAAAAGGUUAUAUUUUCCCACAAAAAUGUGAUACUGUUUUGCUUUUAGGAACAAGUUUAAUUCCUUUUGUGAUGACAUUCGUAAGUCAAAACACUCAUCGCAAAAUCAUCUUUCCCCAUUGAAAUGAAUGAAAAUGCCAUGAGUCCAUUCUGGUCCACCCCAAAAAUAAAUAAAAUUGCAAAAAGUUUUUAAAAAAAAAAAUAGCAAUCCAUAAUAUUGUUCUUAAAUACCAUUCAGUACUGACAUAAUUCUGUAGAAUUCCACAGUUCUGGCUUCAAUGGCCAGUGUGCUGCUUCUUGGCCACCUGGGGGCAGUAUAAUGCAGACAUAGAGACAGAUGAAGAGCACUUUUGUAACUGCUAAACUGCAAUAAUAUUAGUCAUUUUUCACAAUGGAUAGAGAAUAUCAAUCAACCAAUCAGUGAAACUUUAUUUGUAAGUGCUUUUCAUCGAGAAAAUGCAACCCAAAGUGUUUUACAUUAAUUAACAACACAAAAAUCAAUCAAUACCGCUCACCGCUUGUCCACAAGGACACAGACAUGCAUUUUGUCUGUCUACAUGUGUUGCUCCACGAUUUCUAUUCAAACAUCUGUUGUUGUAAGACUGCGACACUGAUGCUUUUCGUUAGCCCGUCUAUAGCGUUUUGCAUUGUUUGUUAGCAUCAAGCUAGGCUAACCUUUCAUCAGUCAAAGCUAUGAAUUUUGAAAUACAAUGUGUGCAAUUUUCUUUAUUUUAAUGUUAAGUUGGAUAGUAAACUUCAACUGGGAGUGGCAAUAAACAGCUCGAAGCCUAUUUCUUUAAAGCAUUGUUCACUAUCUGCCAAACUGCUGCUUGUUGUGAGUUCAGUUGAAUUCACUGCCAUCAUACAGCGCUAGUAUCUCAAAAUUCUGUUUGCAAGUCAAAACAAAUAUAGCUGAUAGCUACAAAAAAAAAACUCUUAAGUACUGUAGCCUAUAUUGUCGUAAAUAUAAUGUACUUGGUAGGUCGUAGUUUCCCCACAUAAAUGCAACAUAUGACCACAAAAUGUUAUGUAUCGUCACAAAAAUGGGAGCAACAGUCAAGCGAGACAGACUUAUCUUUCAUAGACGAUCUUCGUUCCUCAGGCACGCAGCAAGCAGUUGGACGCAUGCUAAAAAGAAUCUCCCGUUUUAUAUAUAGACGAUCUUGGAUCCUCAGCAAUUGUGCGCAUGCGCAGACGCGUCCUCCGCUCCCCCACCUCCACCAGCUCAGCUGAGCUCAGCGUGCCGCGGUGAGAAGACAGCAGCAGCAGCAGCCCGGCAGGUAGGAGAAGCACCCGCCGGGGCCAAGUCCUCUUCCUUCGUCCGGCGAACACAAACCGCUACCAGAACCAGAGCGAGGUUAGCAAAGAGUGUCUGUUUCUCUCCGUGUUGGGUGCCCGUCGUGAUGGUUGAAGUUACACAACUAACCAAACAGACUGCAUGACGAGAGCGUGUGGCGAGACCCUAGUCCUCACCUAGACCCCCUGACCAACACAUGCUGGCUGAACAUGCGAUCAUUUGCCAGUGACGACCGCUAUGUCAUGGCCAAGCACGCCAGCAUCUACCCGGACCCUGAAAACCUGGAGGCAAUCCAGACUCUGGUGUCCACGGUGGAAACUGCCCUCAAGAAGGUCUCCGAUUGGCUGAACGGGCUCAACAGCUCCCCCGGUAGCAUUGCCAUCGACGAGGCCUGUGUGGACCAAGUGGUCCACUACGCCGUUGACGGCACAAAGCUGGACACGGCAUCGACACUGUGCAGCGUGACACGAGUGGGUCUGCUAUCCAAGGGUUUACUGAUCAAGGGCGACACAGACCUGGAGCUAGUGCUCAUGUGUCAAUGGAAGCCCACCCAGCUUCUGCUCUACACCAUCUGUGCCGUCCUUCCCAAAAGAAUACAGGCAUUGAGUGAGGACAAGUACGAUGUGCGCUCGUGCGUGGACGAGGGGGCCAUCCUGGUGUCCAGCACCAAAUCCCCCUGCUUCACGCUGAAGAUCACCCUCACCUCCUUGGACAUGAGGGCCCCAGAGGGAGGCCUUCACACAGAUGUGACACCACACAGCGAAGAGGACAGAGGCGUCCUGGACGGACACAAGUGCCGAGCGGCACUGGCUGCGCUACGACGAGCCAACUGGUUCCAGGCCAGAGUGUCACAUGUCAAAUGUUGUGUGGUGGUGUUGAGGCUCCUCAGAGACAUGUGCAACACAAUGACAGAGUGGAGGCCACUUAAAGAAUGGCCACUGGAGCUCAUCUGCCAAAAGGCCGUCACCACCUGCAGUCGCCCUUUGGGGCCAGGGGAGGCACUGAGGCGCGUCAUGGAGUGCAUUGCCUCUGGGAUCCUACUUCCAGGAGGUCCAGGAAUUCGGGACCCCUGUGAGAGGGAGCCGACAGACGUCUUGCUCGACCUCAAAGUCCAAGAGGCCGACGCCAUGACACGCAGCGCACAGCAUGCCUUAAGACUCCUGGCCUUUGGCCAGCUUUACAAGGUCUUAAACAUGGAUCGUCUCCCCACCAACAAGCUUUCAUUACAGCUCUUAAAAGGUGGUCAGAAGCGGCCUCGGAAUGACACUGGCCCGGAAGACAGAGACCUCGUGAAGAGAAUGAGAGUGCUGGACUGGCGCACGAUGGACCCCAACCACCCCAACAACGCCCUCAUGCGCCUCAACCAGAUCCAGUCGGGUCUGCAGUACUGCCUGCUGUCCCAGUCGGGCCCAGUGCACGCGCCCAUCUUCACCAUGUCGGUAGAGGUCCAGGGAAGCACUUACCGGGCCAGCGGGAGCUCCAAGAGAAACGCUAAGAUGCAGCUGGCCCUCAAGGUAUUGCAAGCUCUUGGCUACGUGCUGAGCAACGAUGGCGAUACAGAUUCGCUGGGCGCAGACGACAAGUCAGAUGGCGACAGAAAGAAUGACACAAUGUCCAUCAUUUCCUCCACAGACUCAAAGGAGUGCAAAGCUCCUGGUCCAAUGCUGACAGCGGCCGGUAAAAAUCCUGUCAUGGAGCUGAAUGAGAAGCGUCGCAGCCUCAAGUACGAGCUGAUCUCAGAGAGCGGCGCCAGUUACCACAAACGCUUCAUCAUACAGGUGGAGGUGGACAGGAAGGUGUUCCAGGGGGCAGGGCCCAACAAGAAAGUGGCCAAAGCCAACGCCGCCUUGGCCGCCCUCAACUGCCUCUUCACCAAAGCCGAGGCAGCCGGUGGGAAAAAAAAGCGAGCCAACCCACCUCCAAAGCGACCCACAUCCUCCAUGCUGAUGCUCGCCACUCAGCCCCUCCGAAUGCCCGUCAUUCCCAGACUGCCGUACUACCUCAGCACGUCGCCGCCAAUGCCGCCGGCGCCGCAUGCGUACCUCCCUUCAGGUUUUGGCACUCCAUUUGGCUUCAGAGGCACCCUCCCAAACUAUGGUGGCGUGUAUGUGGAUGGCGCCUGCUACCCACCACAGAGGUUGUCCACACCCAUCCUUGUCCACCUGAGCCCUUGGGAUCUCUUCUGACUCCACCUCGCUUGAUGGUAUGGAAAAAACCCAAAACAAUAUGGACGAGACAGUAACUUUUUGAUUGAAGUGAGCCAAU